AUGAGGAUGUCAGAUAGUGAGUCGGAUGAAGAUUCUAAAAGAAGGAAGCUGGAUACAAAGUCGCAUGGGACAAUACCAAACAUAAGAAUUGAAGGUCGUCAAAUCUUACAACAUUAUGAAGAAGAUCUUAGAAGUGAUUUGGCUGUUCAUUUAUAUUCAGCUCAUCUUUCACAUCUCCAGGAUAAGGAUUUCCCAGUGAAUUCUUGGACAUCAUGGCCAAUGUCAAGAAAGCGGGUACCCAAUCCAAAUGUUUUGGAGAAAUAUAUCGAUGAAGAUGAUUUAAUACCCAGAGAUGAUCCUGUAUCAAAACUUGACGGUAAUAUUAUUCAGAGGAAUCCGAAGAAACAGAUACCCAUUGAAGAACAACAGCUACAAAUAGAGAAUGGUAGAGAUGGAGAAGAUCAAGAAGAAGAAGAAGUAGAUAGUGAAAGUGAAGAAGAUGAUGAUGAUGCAGAGUUACAAUUUGAUCGUGAGAUACAUGCAUUAUUUCAAAGGAAAAUACAAGAAAAUUUUGUUUCUUCCAAAAGAAAGAUACCUUAUGAACUACAGCCCACAGUUGAUGAUGUUAAUCUGCCUGAACAUCAUUCAUCAUCAAUAAAGAAUAGAUUACACGAUAUGAUUACAAAGUUCCCUGUUUCAAGCAAAUCAUUUAAUAGAAAAGCUAAUUUUGAUUGGAAAGAUAUAUUAUUUCAAUCAGGUAUAAAAGAUCAAAGGCUUUAUGAGAAAUUACAAACAUUAUUCGUUGAAGACGCCACCUCAUUCUUGAAUGAUUUCGAAGCAAGAGAACAACAGGAUUUGAGUAAUGAAGAUAGUGAAUCAGAGCAAAGUGAAGGUAAUGAAAGUGAUGAUGAUGAAAGUAAUAAUGCCAAAACUAAUGGUAAAGGAAAAGAAGAUGAAUCAGAUGGUGAUUUAGAAACAAAUGAUGACACAACUAUCACAACACCGGCUAAGCGUUAUGAUAAUGGUUAUAGGGUAGCAGAACAAAUUAAAGCAAAUUUAAUAAGGAAACAAAUACGAGAUAAAUUACUUGAAGAGUUUUUCGAAGAUUAA